AUGCACCUGGCUUCGAGCAACAGCACCACACCCAAUGUUGUGUAUGGCUUGGCUGCCAUUCUCCUGGUGAUGGGUCUCGAUUCUCUGCUCAUCUUUGUCUCCUACGUGAUGAUCAUUAAGACUGUCUUGCAGCUGAAGUCAAAGGAGGAGCGCCUCCGGGCUUCUGGGACCUGUGUGGCCCAUGUGUGUGUUGUCUUGUCCUUCUACGUGCCCCUGAUUGGGCUGUCUGUGGUGCACAGGUUUGGGAGAGACCUUCCUGUGCUGAUUCAAAUCACAAUGGGCAAUGUCUACCUCUUGGUGCCUCCAGUGCUCAACCCCAUUGUCUAUGGAGCCAGGACCAAGGAGAUUCGGAAACGGGCAUUGAGGAUAAUGAGGAUAGGGAGUGAGGGAGGUUCUCAUUGA